AUGUCGUCACUCGUCUACUAUCCCACCUCGCCCAAGGAGGCGCUGGUCAAGGAGUUUGUGGGCAAGUCGAUCCGGGACGUGCCGACGCCGGCGGCGGUGAUGAAUGUUGCGGCGGCGAGGCGGAACUGCGAGAGGAUGCUAGAGGCGGUGCAGAAGCUGGAGCUGGGGUGGAGGGCGCAUGUGAAGACACACAAGACUGUCGAGUUGACAAGAUUGCAAGUUGGAGAGGAUGUAAUGAGGCCGGCGAAUCUGAUUGUCUCGACGCUCUCAGAAGCAGAGUUUAUUCUGCCUUUGUUGGAGGAGUAUAAGAGCAAGGGGAGGCAGGUAAAUUUUGUCUACGGAUUGCCCAUCUCCAAGGGAGCCGUGCCGCGGCUGGCGGCGAUUGCAAAGGUGCUCGGCGAAGGUAGCAUCUCAGUUCUUCUCGAUGACCCUGCGCAGUUGGCCGCAGCGGCAGAGCUGGAGAAGCAGUCUGGUGUGAAGCCGCUGGCGCACAUUAAGAUUGACAUGGGUGGAAAGCGAGCCGGAGUCGUGGAGAGCAGCGAGCGCUUCGUCCAGGUUGCCGAUGCGGCGUUGGCGGCUCACAAGGCCGGAGCCGUGGUGCUGUCCGGACUGUAUUCACAUGCGGGACACUCAUAUGGAGGAGACAGCCGUGUUGCCGCGGUAAAGAUGCUGCGGGCUGAGGUCGAUGCCAUGCUGAGCGGCGCGGAGAGGCUGGUUGUCAAGGCAAAGGAGGCGGGUGUUACGCUGCCCACGCUGGUUGUCUCGGCCGGAGCGUCUCCUACGGCACUGGCGGUGCAGAACCUGCUGAGCGGACAGCCGGACGAGGCUCAAGAUCGCGAGACUGGCACACCAGAGCUGCAGGCCGCGGUGACGGAGCUGGCAGGGCUGUUCCAAACGGUCAAGAGCAAGGGCCAUGCGGUGGAGAUCCACGCAGGCGUGUACCCGACCCUGGAUCUGCAGCAAUUGGCGGCACACAGCAUGGCCUCCUCAAAGCUGUCAUGGCGAGACAUUGCCCUCACUGUCGUGGCUGAGGUUCACGGCGUGUAUCCCGGCCGGGGCACCAACGGCACGGAUGAGGCGCUGAUCGGGGCGGGUGGUCUAGCACUAGGCCGCGAGUUCUGCAAGGCAUACGACGGCAUGGCCAUGGUGACGCCGUGGGGGCGAGAUGUGGCGAUGCCCUCUUGCGACGUCGAGGACUACGAAGGC